CACACGGAACGCCUUGUAAGAAACAUGUCGGAGACGAAGACUUCAAUCGCGUGGCUCUUUUUGUUACUUCUAUCGGGUGGAAAAGUUUAUUGUGCUGCUGGUGAUGACUUUACUGAAACUGUUACUCUAUCAGGUGGGAAAUUCCGCAUGGGUAGUUCGUCUGCUGACCCCAAACGCGGAGAACUAGCGGCCAAGAGUGUUGGGGUGAAACCAUUUGUGAUUGAUAAGUAUCCUGUAACAAACGAAAAUUUUCGGAAGUUUAUCCGCGCCAAGAAAUUCAAGACGGAAGCAGAGAAGUUUGGGUGGAGUUUUGUGUUUCGUACUUUUGUACCGGAAAAAGUGCGAUCGAAGAUCACACAGUCUGUCCCGGGCGCUCCAUGGUGGUUACCUGUACAGCAGGCAUACUGGAGACAGCCAGGAGGUCCAGGUACCUCAAUUAAAGAGAAAUUGUCAUAUCCAGCUGUUCAUAUAAGCUAUAAUGAUGCUCAGGCAUAUUGUGAGUGGAUGGGCAAGCGGCUGCCUACAGAGGCUGAGUGGGAGUUUGCUGUUAGAGGAGGCCUCAAAGAGAAAGAGUAUCCAUGGGGAUCAAACUUUCAAGAGGACCGCAUGAACAUCUGGCAGGGAGAAUUUCCUGAUAAAAACUCACAGGAAGAUAGUCACAUUGGCGUAGCUCCUGUAGAUGCCUUUCCUGCACAGAACAAAUUUGGAAUGUAUGAUAUGCUGGGUAAUGCCUGGGAAUGGGUGUCUGACAGAUUUGAAGAUAAAGGACAAGAGAUAAAAUAUGUAUUGAGAGGAGGAUCAUACAUAGAUACUGCAGAUGGUAAACAUAAUCACAAAGUUACUGUCACUACAAGGAUGGGUAACACAGCAGAUGCUGGCUCUGACAACAUCAUGUUUCGUUGUGCUCGGAGAGCUUCCAAGGAUGAACUUUAAUGACAAGUUUGGGGAUUCAAUAGACACAACCAUCAUGAAUAGAUAUGUUGUUAUUAGGUAUUAUUAAAUUAUUGAUUAAAGAAGAAGUGAUUUUUACAAAAAACAGAGAUGCAACCUGUUGUAUGCCUUUGUCAACCAUGCUGAAUAUGACAAACACACUAAUGUCAUUAACUAUCUCCAUUUUGGAUUUGUUGGUGUUUACAUAAUCAUUCAUCACAGAGUGGGUGUGGUGUGGAAUAACAGGAAAAAAAGCAAAGCAAGACUAUGACAAGUACUACAGUUGCUCUUUCAGUCACUGUCAUCUUCCUUUCUGUGAAUUUUGUAGGAUUUCAAUCAGAAGCAGCACUGGUCACUGUGACCAUGACAACUUAGUUGUGCAUCGUUCAUGUUGAAUUAAUGGCUUCUCACAAUACAAUGACAACAGAAGGUAUAGAUUAUUCAAAAAUACCUUGUACUGUUCAUCACUGAAAAAUAAGAGUAGAUUCCACUGAAUUUUGAACUGAGUAUAAAUUGUGCCAUUACAGAAGUGUACUUGAUGUUUUAAAAGAGUAGAACAAAAUAAGCACUGUUUUCAAUAGAAUAAAAA